CUCUGGUCUUCCUCCUCACCUCACCUCCUCCUCGAGACUCACACUCAACACUUGACUCAACAACAACACCUCACUCAGAGUCACAACUCAUAUUAAGACUUUCACAACAAACAUCUCCUGAAGAUGAAGGUCACAAAACAUCUUAUAUUUAUCGCCUCGCUAGUUGCGUCAUCCUGGGCGGUCAACCUAAAUUAUUUAACUCCAACGAACGGCUUCAAUGGUGGCAACGGUAAUGGUAACGGUAAUGGAGGUUAUAAUAAUGGAAUUAAUGGAAAUGGCAACGGAAAUGGGUUAGUCAAUGGAAAUGGUAACGGAUACGCCAAUGGUUUAAAUGGAAAUGGUGUGAUUGUAAACGGUAAUGGAAAUGGUAAUGGAUAUGUAAAUGGCGGAAAUGGUAACGGAGUAUAUACAAACGGCAAUGGAAACGGAGUAAUCAACGGAAAUGGUAACGGAUACACCAAUGGUGGUUAUGGCAACGGUAAUGGACUUAUUGUCAACGGCAACGGUGUUGUUAACGGAAACGGAUAUGCCAAUGGAAAUGGUAAUGGUUUUGUCAACGGCAACGGUGGUGUUAACGGGAACGGAUAUACCAAUGGAAAUGGUAAUGGUUUAGUCAACGGCAAUGGUGCUGUUAAUGGGAACGGAUAUGCCAAUGGAAAUGGUAAUGGUUUAGUCAACGGCAACGGCGCUGUUAACGGGAACGGAUACUACAACGGCAUCGUGGGCCCCAUCAGCGCCCUUGCAGAUGCUAUUGGAGGUGGUGGCGUCCCCGGCGUGGACUAUCCCAUCCUGGCUUCUGUCCCCUUCACUGGAUUCUCCUGCGGCGGACUAAUACCCGGAUACUACGCUGAUACUGCCCUCGAGGCCGGCUGUCAGGUGUUUCACAUCUGUCAGGCAGAUGGCAGGAGCGACUCCUUCCUGUGUCCCAACGGCACCAUCUUCAACCAACAGUUCUUCGUGUGUGACUGGUGGUACAACUUUGACUGUUCCACCGCCCCGCAGUUCUACAGUCUCAACGCUCAGAUCGGAGUGGUCAACGGUAAUGGCAACGGAUACUCCAACGGCAUCGUCAAUGGCAUUAUUAACGGUAACGGGAUUUACGGUAACGGAGCAAAUGGCAAUGGUGCAGUAAACGGAAAUGGUGUCGUCAACGGUAAUGGAAACGGAUACGCUAAUGGCAAUGGUUAUGCUAAUGGCAACGGUAAUGGCAAUGGAUACGUCAAUGGUGGAGUAAAUGGAAAUGGACUCAUCAAUGGCAAUGGCAACGGUUAUGCUAAUGGCAACGGUAAUGGUAACGGAUACGUCAAUGGUGCAGUAAAUGGAAAUGGUGUCGUCAAUGGUAAUGGAAACGGAUACGCUAAUGGCAACGGUAAUGGCAAUGGAUACGUCAAUGGUGCAGUAAAUGGAAAUGGACUCAUCAAUGGCAAUGGCAACGGUUAUGCUAAUGGCAACGGUAAUGGUAACGGAUACGUCAAUGGUGCAGUAAAUGGAAAUGGUGUCGUCAAUGGUAAUGGAAACGGAUACGCUAAUGGCAAUGGUUAUGCUAAUGGCAACGGUAAUGGCAAUGGAUACGCCAAUGGUGCAGUAAAUGGAAAUGGACUCAUCAAUGGUAAUGGCAACGGUUAUGCUAAUGGAAACGGCAAUGGCAAUGGAUAUGCCAACGGUGCAGUAAAUGGAAAUGGUCUCAUCAACGGCAAUGGCAACGGUUAUGCAAAUGGCAACGGUAAUGGAAUUAAUGGCAACGUAAAUGGAAAUGGUAAUGGUCUUAUCAACGGCAACGGUAAUGGAUAUACUAACGGUAACGGAAUCAACGGAAAUGGAAACGGAUACACCAACGGUAAUGGAAACGGUAACGGAUACGCCAAUGGCAACGGUAAUGGUAUUAUCAAUGGGAACGGUAAUGGACUUUUCAAUGGCAACGGUAAUGGUCUCAUCAACGGCAACGGUAAUGGAUACACCAACGGCAACGGAGUCAACGGGAACGGGUUGAGCAUACCGGCGCCAGCCUCUCCCUCCGGCCUGUACCAGACGCCCGCCUUCUAA